AUGCUUGUUGCUAGAGUUUAGUAUCUUCUAAGUGGGCAAGUAAUGCAUUGUAGAAAUUAGAACCCAUGGGGGGAACAUCGGUCUGCCUAUUAAUAGGUGACAUUUUCUUCAGCAGUGUCAUACUUCAAGCCUUUGAUCUUGGAGGAUUUUUUGUACCUGGAGAAUUGGAUCACAAAGCCAACUGAAAUUUUAGAAAUCCUUAAGAUUGAACCUUCAUAAAGAAUGAUUUACCUUUGCUGGACUACUCAAAGCCAGUGGCUCAGAAGCGGUCUAUAAACUUGACUGCUGUGAUAUGAAGACCUCAAAAAGCAGCUUCAUCCUUGGGACAUUCACGUUUGCUUUCUGCCUGCCUACGGCAGUUUCUCUUGAGACUGUUACCAUCCCAGAGAAGCUCAAGUCAGCUACGGUUAAAGUCUCUGUCAGCACCACAUCCUGCAGUGUCACUUGUGGGCUAGGCUUCAAGGUGGAGGAAGUUUGUGAGCUUGGUCCUGAUGGGAAAAGGAGGCACUGUACCUUUCGCAGGUCAGACUGUCUGACCAGCUGGAUCUGUGGAUUACUCCACUUCACUGUUCCUGUUGGUAAACCAUUUGAGCUUAGCUGCCUGACUUCUGAGAUGAUUGGCAUUGGUAGCCAGGCCUUUAUCUACACCUGGAGGCUUGCCAGAGGCAUUAUCACCACCAAUGACGUGCUUUUCAAAUCUAUCAAGACCCCUAGUUAUGUCAUCAAACUUUCCCCUGCCAAGGAAUCUGAUGCAGGGACUUACCGGUGUGACGUGCAGCUGAUGAAGACAUUCAAGCUGGUCAAGAGGAUCUAUUUUGGGCUCAGGGUGAUCCCUACUGACUUAAUAGAGCUGAAGUUCUACAAAUCCUUGACCCUGGAACAGAAACUUGCUGAAUAUAAAAAGGAAGGAAACGGAGGGAACGGCACCAUUUUCCUGUCACGGUGGCAGCAAGACUCGUGGCAAAGAAGGGCCUUGGUUGUGUUUGUGGUAGGGAUUGGAAGUGGAGUAGCAGCAGCUAUCUUGGUGGGUGCAGUCCUCUUCUUUCUGCUAAAGGCUCGCAGAAAAAACGAAGCCAUAGAGGGAUGAGUUGCAUUUUUAAUUUUGCUUACUUCAGAAGGAUAGCUUAGUAUUAGUAUUUCAUACUGCUGUUAGGCUGGGUUUUUUGGAUAAACUUUGCUUUGGGUAUUAAAACAACAACAUAAUCUUGGGUCAUGGUGGCUUUUGGGUUCAAGUCUUAAGCAAGCUACCACAAGUUACGUGGAUCUUUCACUUUCAGGAGAGUCUGUCAGGUUGAGUUGUCAAACCUUUUUUUUUUUUUUCAUCUGCCUUUACAACA